CAAGGGAGCAUUUGCUAAGGAGAACGACAUCUUCGAUCUAGUUUCGGAUGAUUUUCAGCAAAAGAUCCUGGUAGCUAAACUUUCCAUAAAAUGUGGUUAUACCAUAUCUUUGUGCUUGGGUUGAUACCCUUUCUAAUAUUCCAAGUUGCUGGAGUCUACGUAGAGGCUUUGGUAGGCAGCGUGGCCGAUGCUGCUGGACCACUGGAACCAAAGAUUGCAAUGAAAUGUGGUUUUCUCAAUAUGCAUUUGAACAUCAGCAACGGAGAUUGGAUUCCGGACAAAAGCGCCAAUUCCAACUGUCUGACAGAAAAGCUAGACAUACUAGAGUAUUGUCGAAAGGCUUAUCCGACGCUGCAAAUCACUAAUGUUGUGGAGUCAACAUCAACUGUGAGGAUCCACAACUGGUGUCACACAGGACAUAAAAAGUGCAAAUGGAGUCAUGACGUGAUGCCCUACAGAUGCCUGGUCGGGCCGUUCCAGAGUGACCCGCUGCUGGUGCCGCAGCACUGCACGUUCGACCACAUCCACCUCUCCGAGAAGUGCAUGCUGUUCGCCGACUGGCAGCGGCGCGCGAACAGGUCGUGCGUGUCCACCGGCAAGACGCUGGAGAACUUCGGCAUGCUGCUGCCAUGCGGCGUCGACAUGUUCAGCGGAGUCGAGUUCGUCUGCUGCCCGCGCGAGGACGGCAGCGAGGAGUCCGCUGACGUUGUGGAUGCGGAUGACACCAUGGAGGAUGAUGCUUACUACAGCAGCGACACUAGCGAUCAGGAGCACGUGGACUUCAAGGCAGCUGAGAAGCGACUCGAGGAAAAACACCAGGCCAAGGUCACCCUGGUUAUGAAGAAGUGGUCUGAUAUGGAAGAACAGUACCAAGGCAUGAAGAAUAGUGACCCGCAUGGUGCAGAGAAGUUCAAGAAAGAUAUGUCCUCGAAGUUUCAGAAGAUGGUUGCCGGGUUAGAGGAGGAGUGGAGCAUCGAGAAGCUGCACCUGCUGGAUGUGCACCAGCAGCGGGUUGAGCGCAGACUCACCGAGAAGAAGGCUGCUGCCAUGACCGUUUACCUGAACACCCUGAAGAAGAAGCAUCCUCAGGCGCACCAGAUCAUGAAGGCGCUGCACAAGUACAUCCGCGUAGAGGAGAAGGACCGCAAGCACACCAUCAGCCACUAUCGCCACCUGGUGAACACGGACCCGGCGGCGGCGGCGAAGCUUCACAGCGCUGCCAUCGAGCACAUGAACGAGAUCGACAGCCGCAUCAACCAGAGCAUUGGCCUGCUGCAGCGUCUGCCAGCCAUCGAGCGCAAGAUCAUGCCGGAGCUGAGGAAAUUCCUGAACGAAAUCCACAGCAACGUGCGACUGGAUGACAGCAAUACAAUAAUGAAGCUCAGUGGUGGUGAGGCGAACAAUGAGAUACUGGAGAAAUACAAGGAAGAGCUGGCAAUCGCACAGUCAAAAAUUGCAGACAAGGCCGACCGUGAGCAGGAGGCGAUGGAGGCAGUGACGGUGAGCACGGGAGCACCAGUCGUCGUUGAAGAGACGACAGAGGAGGAGCCUAGGUCGACAAGCGAGGCACAGAUGAUGAGCACCGCCGAGCAGCAAGCCGUGCCGGAAAUCCACCUGAAGGUCGAAUCAGUAAGCAACGAAGUGCAUCAGGAACAGGUGAAGGAAGCUGUAGACAUGGCAAUUGCUGACAUCCAUGGUGACAACCUCGUUGCCCAUCGCAGAAACAGCGAGGUGGAGGUGGAGCAGAAUUUCAUCCAGGAGUCCAGCGUGAAGCAAGGCGACCACUUGCACGACAAGGGCUUGUUCCUCGCUAUGACACUAGGGGGCACUGCGCUGCUGACCGCGAUCAUCGUCGGCAUUGUCGUCGCGAAGAAGCGCGUCGAGGCGUCGCGCGCGGGCUUCACCGAGGUCGAUCAGCAGUCGUCGCCCGAGGAGAAGCACGUCAACAACAUGCAGAUGAAUGGGUACGAGAACCCCACCUACAGAUACUUUGAGAGCUACACAAACUGAGCGGUGGCAGAGGUACGGCAGUCGGGCCUGGGUCACUGCAGCGGGCACGUGUACGAUGCGUCGUCAAGCGGAGAGUGAAGUUGCCGUGGGAGUUGUUCUCCUGCUAACUCUUCACUCUCUCUAUCUCUAUCUCUUUUUCUCUCUCUCUCUCUUUCUCUCUC